AUGAGGUUGGGACUCGCCAUCGUCUCAAUUUUUAUAGCGCUAUGCAAUAGCCAGGCAGAUGAUCUCACAAAGUAUGUGGACCCCUUGAUUGGGACUGAGGGCGCCAUACCUGGGAGUAGUCUGGGAGGCGGGAACAUGUUUCCGGGCGUUGCUAUUCCCUUUGGCCAAGUCAAACUUGGGAUAGACACUUCGGUACUUAACUUAGAUCAAGGAGGAAUAUCUAGCGCCAACAGUGGAUAUACUCCUCGUGGAAAUGCUACGGGAUUUUCUUUACUGCACACAAGCGGUACCGGUGGACCGGAUCUCAGAGCCAAAGUAUGGCGUUGUUUCGCAGAUGCCCUUGCUGGGGUCGCUGGAGGAACAAAAAUUAAUGUUGCAGACAAUAGGACGUAUCUAACAAAUCGUACCAAUGAGGACCAACGAAACCCAGGCGGGUGGGAUUCCAAAGAGCCGUACUAUGAUGAUUGGUAUACGAUGUGGGACAUCUUUCGUUGCACAACUCCAUUCUAUCACCUCGUCUACACUAAUCGCUAUGUUGGGAUGCUGAGGUCAAUUAUUGAUACCUGGCGAUUUGACGGAUACCUUCCCGAUGGGCGAAGUGGGAACCAAAAUGGCCGUACACAGGGCGGGUCCAAUGCCGAUAAUGUUCUAGCGGACGCUUAUGUCAAGGGACUGAACAAAGUCAAAAGCAUUAAUUGGAAGGAUGCCUAUAAGGCAGUGCAAAAGGAUGCAGAGGUUACACCGCGUCGUAACAUUGACUUCAAUGCAUUUGAUGGUGGAACUAAAGAAGGGAGAAAUGCGCUACCUGAUUGGGUUUCCCUUGGGUACAUUACACAAGACUACUCUCGCUCCAUCUCCAAAGGCGUGGAAUAUGCACAAAAUGAUUUCGCCGCUUAUCUUCUGGCAAAAACGCUUGGAUCCAAAAAAGACGCUGAAAAUAACUGGAAGAACUUCUGGAACGAAAACGCCACGGUCGAUCUAGGGGAUGCUGGGUUGGGUGUUCAUAAAGGCUUUUUUGGGAGCAAGUCCGCCCAAGGCGUUUUCGAUGCAUCGCUUACUUAUGAAGGUUUAAUAUGGGAAUACAGCUUCAAUGUACCGCACGAUACUGCCGCGUUGAUCAAGCUCAUGGAUGGUCCAGCUGGUUUUGAAAGGCGACUGGACGCGUCUUUUAUUGAGGGGUUUUCCAUGGGAGCUGGUCCAGCUAAUACUGCGGGAACAGCAUUGUUCAACCCCGGAAAUGAACCUUCCUUCCAAACCCCAUUUCUCUACAACUAUAUCAACGGAAAACAAUAUAAAACUGUAGAGAAAACAAGGUAUAUCGUGAAUAAAUAUUAUUCGUUAGCUCGGUCAGGCAUCCCAGGAAAUCAAGAUGCUGGUGCGAUGGCCACUUGGCUGCUCUGGAACCUCUUGGGACUUUACCCAGUAACGUCCCAGCCGGUAUAUCUUCUGUCCGCUCCAUUUUUUAAAGCGGUAGAUGUGCGAAUCGGUACUGGGGAUCCCACCUCAGCAUCACAUCAAAGCAAAACAUAUUUACGGAUACGAGCGCCGGACUUAGACGCAAACCAUCCAUACGUCCAGGGUGUCAAAAUUAAUGGGAAGCCUAUCAACCGUUCGUUCAUAUGGCACGACGAAAUUAUUAACGGGGGAGUACUGGAGUUUACGAUGGGUCCGGAGGCAGUCGGCUGGGACUCUGGAGAACUUCCACCAUCGCUUUCUACCGGGUGGAAAUAA